AUGCGUGAUUCGCUGAAUAAAGCCAAUGAGAUCCUCACAUUUUCUUGGGUUGAAUUUUGUGAACAGCCCUCUCCGCAGAUUGGACUCCGGUGGGUGCCUGUCACUUUCUGCACCAUGGAAUUCUUCCCAGUAGCCACUUCGGUGUCUUCCCUGGCUUCUAAGAUAGUGGGGUCCACAGUAAUGGCAGUGAGCCUAACCAAAGCCACAGAGCUGGUGUCUGCAGGACUCACCCUGUUAUCCACGGCUGCUCUGAGCCAGGCCACAGCUUCCCUGGGAUCCCUGCUGGGGACGCUGAAAGCCUCCGGCCUGCUGGGAUCCCCAGUGGUGAACUUGACUCUUUCCAAGGCUGGAGCCAAGGCUGCAGCAGCUGUGAUAGGAGGAGCCCUGUCCGUGGCUGCUGUGCCCCUGGUGCUGGAGGUAGCGGGCUUCACCGGGGCCGGAAUCACCGCCUCCUCGCUAGCGGCCAAGAUGAUGUCCGCGGCUGCCAUCGCCAACGGGGGCGGGGUCGCCGCUGGCAGCCUGGUGGCCAUGCUGCAGUCCGUGGGAGCAGCUGGACUCUCACCGUCAUCCAAAAUCAUCCUGGGCUCCGCGGGGACAGCGCUCGUGUCCCGUAUGGUGGGCCUGUAA